AUGAGGUCCCCAAUGCUCUUCAUCGUCUUCAGCACCCUCGUUACCUCCGUCUCCAGCCACUGCACAUCCUCCUGGCUCCGCGAUGUAACAAACACCUACACCUUCGCCCUCAGCGCUGGCAAGCCCGAAUUUUUUACUCGUGCCUACAUCAGCCUAAACACUUCCUACACCGAUCUAGCCUACAUAGGAUUCUCUGAUUGGAUCGUAACAUCGACCUUCACGCAAGUCAUCAGCACCGACCCUUCCCGUCCCUACGUGAUCGGCACCCGCAUCGUCUUUAGCAAUACUCAUCAUAAUGACACUAAAGUGACACUGAUCGAGACGUUGGCUACAAAACCGGGUGACUGGCUGUUUAAUGCGACUGGUUACGCAUACUGGAAUUUACAAGAGCAGUGGGAUCCUAUACUAACAGAAUGUUCCGUUAACGGUGACGAAGGGGUCAAUGCCGAAAGACGCGACUCACGCGCCGCCAUCAAAGCCCCCGGCGACGCCUACUUUGAUCGUUUCUCCAACGUCAACGUUUCCGUGCCCUUCAACAUGCCCUGUGCGCGUCUAGAGGGCAGUGCGGUGUACACGGAUCUGCAGCUUCUGUACAAGCAGACGUGUGAUUUGGGACUGCCGAGCCAUGUGCAGUUAACGAAUAGGCGGUAUGUGGUUGAUGAGACGAUGGGGGCUGUUGCGAUUUGUGGGAUAGUCAUAUUUUUAGGGUCGAGAGAGGGAAGAUCACCUAUAUACAUACGCUGUCGACUUGUGCUGCGCCGGGGUGCGGGUUGA